AUGGUUGAUGUCCUCGCUGCAGAGAUCCGUUCGUCCGCUCGCAGGGGACCCCAUCAUGGCACCAAGCGCACCCUUGACGCGACUGACACUGCCCCCAAGAGGCGGCGUCUGGUGCACAUCGGCUCCUCUCCUCCACCGUACAGCACGGCAUACAGCGAUAACCCGGGACCGGCUCGGACGGCCACAGCGCCGGUAUCGCCGAGAGCGGAAAGCAAGCGUAAUGCGCCAUCCACGCGGUCUAGAAACGCACUCAACUUGAGGGCGUCAUCGCUCAUAACCUCUCCACCACCGGUCCCUCCGACUGCGGUCACACCGGAUCCACUUCCUCGCCCAAAAAGGAGAGGCGCUCAAGGCGACGUUGCCGGAGACCAAGGACUUCGCAUGCAAACUCGCCAAUUGCAAAGCCUCCGUACGCUCGCUUGUGCGGAUCCAGAUUCCCCGAUCGGAACUUUCGGCGGUCAAAUUCUUCCGCGCUCCAUCAGAGACACAACGUGCAAGGGACGCAGGGCAUCCAGGGCGGAGGCAUUAACUACUGAUGCUCUCUCCCGUGGCAACCAUCCUCAUCUAGCGCCAGCAGGAGGCAGAACCACGAGCAAGCGGUCUGUGGAUGCGAAAGCUAACAAUGCAGACAGCGCUGAUGCGAAACAGGAAGGCAAGCUGAAACGCCCUGCUGAGGGCAGGACCGUCAAGCAGAGGCGGCGUCAGCCGAAGAUCCAACGCGUUCAGUUCGGUGGCGUCCAGGCAUUGGAGACCCAUUAUCCGCUCAACGAAGCACAUUCCCGCGCCUCUGUGCCGCCAAUAUCCGACGAUUCAGACGCAGCGGACGAAUCCGAGAUCACCUACUUUCCCACGCUACCACCCAAACGACCGCACGUCGGAACGCACAUGCAGACAGUGCAAACGGCUGACGCUUCGUCGCCCUUCUUGGACAAUCGCCCGUCUCUGAGCGAUGCUGCAUCUUCGCCUCGACCUCUGCUUGCUCCCGACGACGCUACACGAGACUAUGGGGAUCCUGAAAGCGAGGGCGACUCGAGUCGAGGUUUGCUCGAGGUGCUUUCACAGACUGCCUUGCGCAGGAUGAACGACGCAAAUUCGCCCCAGCAAUCACAACACGUCGGUCACGCACACGCAAACCAAGCCGCGUGGCAGACGCUGAGCCGGCACGACAUUCGAAUCGAAUUUGAUGCUGCCCAUCUGUCGCACUUGCAGGCACGGAGAAUCGCCGGAUCGCUAACGCGGAACGGUUCGGAUCGGCCGAAGUGGACCUCGGUGCAACUGGACUCGGAUCACCCGCGUAGACUGAAGCUUCCGACAAGUACACUGGCUUCAAUCAAGGCAGUCCGAGCGGCGUGGUAUCCACCCACACGGCGCUCCGUCUGUGACGACCUUUGCUUGACAGCAAAACAAGCGUCGCAAAAGGCGGGUUCUGACCGGCUCGAAUUCGUUCAUUUCGAUUCGGGUGAACUCGUGCAUGAGGAGCCUUCAGAGGAUCUCGAAAAUCUGCCUGCGUUCGAGCACCGCAUUCACUUUGCAGGAUAUCGGCUGCAAAUGCAGGUCCCACACGACGCUGAACCGUCCGCCUUUCCGUGCUUGGAGUCCUUUGACGGCGAAGAAUGGCCUACACGACGUGGGCCCGUAGUCAAGAUCCUCGUGCCGCUGUCCGGUCCUUCGCUCCAUCCAGCUGCCUCCCCCGCACGCUUCAUCAAGCCACACGAUACUAGGGAUGAAGCCCUCGGACCGGCUGCAAACGAUACGGUGCUUGUCUGGACUUCGACGACGGCACGAAGAUUCUUGGCCGAGCUCGACGAUCAGGUGGCCACGGGGGAAGUGUCGAGCUAUGCCGAGCUGCGUGGCCUCGAGGCCUCGGAGCUGGAGCUGUGUCCGUCACCCAUUCUACACUAUAUGGCUAGCACAGGCUCGCCGGGCGCGGACGUAUCGAGGUCGCAUAUCGCGCUCUACGUGCAUGCGCAUCGCGUCCAGGAGGCACGCUCAGUCCUGGCGACCCUAGAGCUCGGUGACAUGCUCGGUGGCGCCCCGCACAAGUUCAGGCCAUUCGGCGAUCCAAAGUUGCGACUUCUGAUCGUCAGCAUGGUUGGCACACCACUCGGCUUGAUCUGA